AUGUCUCAGGAGAGGGCCGCAGAGGGCUCCAGCACAGAGGACCCUGCCCUCAGUCCCCGCCGUGGCGGUGAGCUUUUCCAGGAGGAUAUGGAAGAAGCCAGCUCUGUGUCAGGCCUGACACCACACGUGCCGGGGGCGAGCCCUGGGGCCCGAGUUCGGGCUGGCAGCAGGAAGAGGGUCCUGAGGGAAGAGACCCAUCGAGGUACCCGCUCCCAGGCUGGGGGUGCUCCUGGAGCCCGCCUGGAGGCUGAGGCCCACUUGAUGGCCCUGGAGCUGCAAGCCGUGGGACAAAGCCAGGAUUUGGUGCCUGGCCCCCAGCUCCACUUCCAGCAGCCCAUAGUGCCUGCUCAGGGGAAGGCUCGGGCCUUCAAGAGGCUCCAGGUUUCUCUGCACGACAUCCUCACUGAAAGUUGGCCCGGGAACCCGUGUAGCGUGCCUGUAGGUCUCCCGGACAGAGCUUUGGUUGGCCGGGAGAGGUUGGCCGGGGUGGGGACGAUGAGCUGCACCGGUCCAGGAGAGGCCAGAGUAGGUAGGAGUGAUGAAAGAGGCCCCACCCUCAGCAAAGAGGAGCCCCUCAAAAGGAGCCUACCAUCCUCACCGGGCCCAGCCCCUGUGGGAGCAAGAAAGAACAACAGGAAGUAUGCGGCCCGCUCAGAGGGUAGGGAGGGGGCAGGUGGCUUCUUGUGGUCUGGUCAGAGCCCUGGUGAGGACAACCCCCCGUGUGAGGGAGGCAGCCCACCAUGUGCUGACCUGGAGUCCUUGGGAGACCUUUGCGGUCCUCUCUCUCCCAAGGAGGGAGAGGGGUCUGGGUCAGGAGAUCCAAGUGGAACCUGUGUGGGAUGUGUCUCAGGGACUGAAAAGUUCGAAUAUUUGCCUGCUGCGGGGAACGGGGCCCAGCCAGGCAGCCCCUGUGAUCCUGUCGGGGUCCCACUGCCUGAUGGAGGAGAGUCCCGUAGGCCAGCUGCCUGGGAUCCUCCACAGAGCUCUGCACUGUGCCUGGGAGCGGCCUCCACAGAGUGGCAAGAAGCUGAGCCCCGAGCCGGGGCUGGCUGUGAUGAUGACCCUGCUGUCUCACCCAGUCAGGCCGAGCUGGAGGUCAAGGCUCAGCCAGAGUCCAGGGGGAGGCUGGGACAAGGUCCCCCUGCUCCCACUGACAGCCCCUCCAGCUCCUUGGUGCCUGCAACCAGCAAGGCUCACUCAGGCCCAUCCACGGGACAGAGAAGAUCCAAGUAUGCUAAGAGGUCGAGGAGAGGCCCAAUGCCCCGUGUCCAGCAACCGGGCGCAGACAGGAGUGCAGACGACUCCAGCCAGGAACAGCCAGAGGAAUCCCGCCCAGGAAGCUUCCCCAAACUGGAAGAAAUGAAAAUGCCCCAUGGGGUGAAGCACGUGUGUUACCUUGGUUCCGGGGCAGUGCUCCACCUCCUGGGGGCCAUCCGCCGUGGCCAGGCAGGGGAGCUGCAGCCUCCAAAGCUAGAGGUUCUGGAGGACAUGAUGAAGGUCAGCUUAGCAUCGCCUGUCCAGAGGCCCAGAAGGAAGGAAAGGCCCAGGGCCCAGGGCCCCACCGGGUGCCAGGAGGGGGCUCCUCUUCGUGAGGCCUGUGCUGAGUGUCCCGGGUGCGGCCCAGUGGAGGCUGAAGAGGAGGAGGCUGGUGAACAAGACGGGGGAGAGGACUCAGCUCAGCUUCAGCCCCAACAGGAGAAGCUAUCCCUGGAUAUCGGGGUACGGGGUACAGUGGUCCGUGCCAUGCAGGAGGUGCUGUGGAGUCGCCUCCAGGAUCUCCCAGAUCUGGUGCUGAGUGAGGAGGCGGUGGAGGGCAUCGCUGUUGGUAUUGAGACAGCCCUCUUCGACCUGAUACAAGCCACCAGCUGUCGCUACAAGACCAAGUACCGCAGCCUGCUGUUCAACCUGCGUGACCCCCGGAAUCCGGACCUGUUUCUCAAAGUGGUUCAGGGAGAUGUCACCCCCCACGACCUGGUGCGGAUGAGCUCCACCCAGCUGGCCCCCCAAGAGCUGGCCCGCUGGCGGGACCAGGAGGAAAAAAGGGGCCUGGAGAUCAUUGAGCAGCAACAGAAGGAGCCGUGCAGCCUCCCAGCCUUCAAACUGACCCACAAGGGUGAGGUCGAGAUCCUGCGGGACGUGGACCAGACACUGACCUUGGAGGAUAUGGUGGGACCCAUGGUGUCCAUGGACUGCAGCCCACUGGCCCUGCCUGCCACGUUGAAGGCCACCACAGAGCAGGACGAGGACACCACGGGGCAGCACGAGCACCACUUCCUGGACCCCAGCUGCUGCAUCUGCAUGGAUUGGAAGCCCUCGGGUGAGCUGCCAGGCUCCUUCAAAGCUACUAGGAGGAUAGGGGACAGUGUCUUCCAGAGAGCCCCAAGCCCAACCCUCGCGUCCUCUCCAGAGAUGCCCCAAACUAAGGAGAAGCAUCCCCCACAGCUCCAGGACAGGGUCCCUCUUUCUAGGCUCCAGAUGCCUGCUGGACCCACAAAGGCCCUGCCCAGCCAGCCGCCCUGGGAGGGAGCUCUGGACAUGUUCUCCAUCAAGCGGUUCAGGGCCAAGGCCCAGCUGGUGUCUGGAAACAGCUGUCGGCUCCUCAUGACCCUGCCGGAGGUGAUCCGUUCAGCAGGCUGCAUCCCCUCCAAUACUGUCUGGGACCUUUUGGCCAGCAUCUGCCCGGCCGAGGCCAAGGACAUCUGCGUGGCCAGACUGUGCCCACACGGGGCUCGGGACACCCAGAACUGCCGGCUGCUCUAUUCCUACCUCAACAACAAGCAGCGCCAUGGCCUGGCAGCCGUGGAGCACGUGGGCGUGGUCCUGCUGCCCCUGCCGGCCUUCCAGCCCCUGCCCCCCAGACUGCGCCCUCUGGGAGGCCCCGGCCUGGAAGCCGCUCACUCAAGCCUGGUCCUAGCUGUGCUGCUCCCCAAAGCAGGGCUUCCAGACACAGCAGAGUCCAGCCCUUUGUGGGGGAAGGUUCGAAAGAUGGUCUCCUUCAACAGAAAAGUGGAGAAGAGAUGCUACCAGCCAGAGGACAGGAGUCCCAGCGUGGCCCCAAAGGGCUCCCCUCUCCCAAGGGGCGCUCUGCAGCCGAGCCAGGGUGAUAGCAGCUUGGCUCCAAGGGGACUCUGUGCUUGGCAGAGGCCCCCCAGAGGCAGGGGGAGACUGUGGGGAGAGCCAGAGACCUGGCAGAGUCCUGGGCGAGGGCAGCGGCCCCCCAAACCACCCCGGUGCCCGUCCUGGCAACCCUAUUCAGCAGCACCGUCUGGCCCCGGCCAGCACCUCCACAGGGCCUCCUGUCCCCACCAGGCCCUGCUCCAGCAUCUGGAAUCCCUGGUGUCCAUGAGCCGCCAGCUCCAAGCCUCGUUGAGAUCCCCAGGCCAGGGGCUCUUCCCCCCAACCCCUCCCCCACCCCCUGCAGCCCCUGGAAUUCUUGGCCUACUUUGCCAGCCCCCUAUAGCUCCAGAGCCCCCUGGCCAGGCUUCCGACUCUUUGGGUCCUACAGAUGGAGCUUGCUCUGAGUGUACCUUCCCCGGAGAGACCUGACUCUCAUUACCCACCAGAAGAGAGACAUUGAUUCCGUCCCCAGGAGAGA